AUUUCGAAUGUUAUCGAUUAUUUUGACAUUAAACUAGUUGGUAAAGUUGUCAAAUGAAAGAAUAGGCAUAAAUUUAAGGUGGAGAUUUUUGCAAAAAGUUGAAGACAUGAUAACUUUGUAAUUACCGAAAUUGUUGAAUAUUUGGAACAGAUUGCAGCUCAAUAAAGAAAUAUUCCAAAAUGAUGUCUGCCGCCGGUACACCAUCCUCAGACCCUUGGGUAAUUUUACAGAGGGAAAGAAUAAGAUAUGAGGAACAAUUUCGCUCCUUGAAACCAAUCAAUGGAAUCAUCACAGGAGAUCAAGCAAAAGGAUUUUUCCUCCAGUCUCAGUUACCUCCACUCAUAUUGGGACAAAUUUGGGCAUUGGCAGACACAGAUUCAGAUGGCAAAAUGAACAUUGAUGAAUUCUCUAUAGCAUGCAAAUUGAUUAAUCUGAAGUUACGUGGUUAUGAAGUUCCAAAAAUGCUACCACCAACACUUCUUGCAUCUCUGAAAGCUGUUUCUACUCCAGCUAUCCCUCCUCUUCCAAAUGCAGCUUUAAUUAAUGCUCCACCAAGACCUGAUCCUCCAAAAGUUCCACAAAUGACAAUGCCUCUCUACACAAUGUCUCAACCUCAACCCAAUUUAAUACCAAAUUUAACAACUAAAACUGCAAAUGUAACUAAUAUGGAGAAUAGUGUGACCCAGCAGUCAUUGAUUGGAAACUUCCAUCCACCUACAGGUGUUGUGCCUACUGGUAUUGUUUCUCCAAUGCCGUCUGUACCUUUGGUACAACCACCUAUUCCUGCAGCUGUACCUCCCAGACAACCUAUCAUGCCAACAAUGCAACCAGCUGCUCAACCUCCUAUUGGAGCUGUCCAACCCUCUGUUACUACCAUACAAUCUAACAUGGCAGUCUUACCAGGUUCAAUGAAUAUGGGUCAGUCCCUUGUUGGCUCUGUACCUCCAAUACCUCCACAACCUCUUAUUUCUGGAGCAAUUGCUCCUGGGGGCCUACCACUAACAAAUGCAGGUGAUGGUUUGUUGUCCGGAGGAUUGAAAGGUGUUAAUGCAGCUCCUGUUCCCGCUGUUGGAGAUGUUAUAGCCAAUGUAAUGCCUCCAGUAAUACCCCAAGUUCCUGUUGCAUCUAGUACUCCAAGAGCAAGUGUGACUAGCUUGGAUAAGAGUGCCCCAGUUGAAUCACCUCAGGCAGAGUGGACUGUGCCACAUCAAACAAAAUUAAAAUAUACUCAACUGUUCAACACUACCGAUCGAACUAGAAGCGGAUUUUUAUCCGGUGUUCAAGCUAGGAAUAUAAUGAUUCAGAGUAAACUGCCUCAAAAUAUUUUAGCUCAAAUUUGGUCUCUAUCUGAUAUGGAUGCUGAUGGCCGUUUGAGUUGUGAAGAGUUCGUUCUGGCUAUGCAUUUAUGUGAAAUAGCAACUACAGGACAUCCUAUUCCUGCCAAAUUGCCACUAGACUUGAUACCUCCCACUUUCAGAAAAACAACUAAGUCUCUAUCCAGGACAGCUUCAAUUUCAAGUCAAGGUAGCGCUCCACCAGAGCUAGAUCCUGCUUCGACUCUUCUUCAAACUUCAUUUGAAGACAAGAGGAAAGAAAACUUCGAAAAAGGACAAGCAGAAUUAGAAAGAAGAAGAAAACAACUUCUGGAUCAACAGAGAAAAGAGGCAGAGGAAAGAGAAAGAAAAGAAAGGGAAGAAAUAGAACGAAGGGAAAAGGCUAGACAAGAAGCAGAACGAAAAAGAUUAGAGGAAUUGGAAAAACAGAUGAGAGAACAGCAAGAACUAGAGAGAAUUAAGGAGGAAGAAAGAAAAAGACAGGCAGAGCAGAGAGAAGCAGCUAGAAAAGAAAUGGAACGUCAGAGACAGCUUGAGUGGGAAAAGCAGCGACUGCAGGAGUUACAACAACAAAGGCAACGUGAACAAGAAAAUGUUUUGAAGCUCAAAGCUAAGAAUCAAAGCCUAACAAUAGAAUUGAGCACCCUCAAUGAACAAGUGAAAGAUUUAUCACAAAAAAUAUGCGAUACACGAUUAGGCGUCUCUAACGUCAAAUCUACAAUUGAUGGUAUGAGAACCACCAGAGAUUCUCAAAUGCAAGAGAUGUCUCAAUUGAAGAAUAGACUCAAGGAACAGAAUGCAAGGCUUCUGGCACUUUCCCAGGAAAAAGUCAAGUUAGAAGCAAGAUAUAAACAAAAUCAAAUGAACGGAGAAUUUGAUAGGAUAGCGUUUGAAAACAGAGAAGUUAACAUUAAAAAUUUACGGGAGAAAGUUGCGGAUAUGCAUGAACAAAUCAAAGGCAAAGAGACGGAUAUCGAUAACAAUAACAGCGUUCUUAAUGGUUUGAGAAGUGAUCUGCAGAACUUGAUAGGAGAAUGUGAAAACCUCUUCCAAACUUAUGCGCCGAAGAGAGAUAUUGUGCAGCAGAUGAAACAAGCGACAAAAUCUGUCGAUUAUAAUUCUUCAUGGAAAAAUGAUUCUGCAUGGAACGAUGAUGCUCAGGUCAGUGAUUGGCCAACUGAUAAUUGGCAAUCAACAGAUUCUGUCCCAGAAACAGAACAGAUUACGAGUGUUGAUUUUGUGAAAUAUAGGGCCUUGUAUGAGUUUGUUGCCAGAAAUCAAGAUGAAAUAUCAUUCCAACCAGGCGACAUUAUCAACGUACCAAAGAUACAAAAUGCAGAACCCGGCUGGUUAGCAGGGGAGAUUAGAGGACAAACUGGGUGGUUUCCUGAGUCUUAUGUUGAACCUAUAGAGGGAGCAGGUAUUUCUGCGGGAGUGAGUCAAGAACCUCCGCUUUUCACCGGAAUGCAAGAAAGCAAGCCACUUGACUUUUUCAGAGGUAUAGCAGAAAUAUCUGAGCCCAAUGAAGCGACCAUCGAACCAACCAGCACAGAUGUUAUUUCUCCAACCGUGGAGGUUGAAACUAUAAGAGAUUAUUAUGUGGCUAAUUACCCUUACCAGUCUCAAGAACCCGGUGAUCUAACCUUCAAUACAGGUGAUGUGAUAGCUGUGAUAAAACAGGAGGGAGAAUGGUGGACAGGACGAUUGAAAGAUAAUGUGGGGAUAUUUCCCAGUAAUUAUGUACAGAAGGUCAAUAAUGCAACGUCUACAACAUCUACAGCUGUUGAAGAUGCGCCUUCUUCUGUAAUGAGUACUACAAUUGAAAAUUCUCAGGCUGACAAUGAAGUUUCUCAAAUCAAUGAAGCUAAGAUUACUGAAAUACCAUUUGAUUCUUCCAUAUCGGCCAGCGCACAGAUUGUCAAGACAAAGAAACCAGAAAUUGCGUCAGUUAUUGCUCCAUAUCAAGCUACUAGUCAGGAACAGCUCUCUUUGCAAAGGGGUCAACUGAUCAUGAUCCGGAAAAAGACCGAUUCUGGUUGGUGGGAAGGUGAAUUGCAAGCGAAGGGUAGAAAGAGACAGGUGGGAUGGUUUCCUGCCAGUUACGUUAAAAUUUUGAACAGCAGUGGAAGGGCAAGUGGCAGAACUACUCCAGUUUCAACUACAAGGAUCCAACAAGAAGUUGUAAUUGAUAAAGUUAUUGCCUUGUACCCUUAUACUGCCGGUAAUCCAGACGAAUUAUCCUUUAAUAAGGAUGACAUUAUUAGCGUAACGGCCAGGGAAGAAGAAGCCUGGUGGAGAGGAGAGUUGAAUGGUGUAUCCGGCUUAUUUCCUAGUAAUUAUGUGUCUCCACUACAGCAACAAUCUCCUUUGCUCGGAGCAAAUCAGAGACAGGAAUGUAUAAGAGAAUUGAUUGAUACAGAAAGAGUAUACGUUGAAGAUUUAGCAAUUGUAUGUAGAGUGUUUGAGCAGCCAUUGAAGAAAAAUAAAGUAAUCUCAAAUAAAGAUAUUAGUCAAAUAUUUUUGAAUUGGGAUGAGAUCCUCAAAUGUAAUGAAGACUUUAUGAAGGAUUUAUCAAGAAGACUAAACCAAGGUGCUGAUGUUAUUGGUGACAUUAUCCUUUUACAUUUACCCCGAUUCACUCCGUACAUUUCAUUUUGUACCAGUGAAUUAGAUGGCGCAAAAUUACUACAGAAUUUACUGGAAAAUUGUACAGCUUUCAAAUAUUUCCUUAAAAAAGCGCAAUUAGAUCCUUCAGUUAAAGGAAUGCCAUUAUCUUCAUUCUUGAUCAAACCAAUGCAAAGAAUAACAAAGUAUCCCCUAAUUAUUGGAAAAAUUUUGGAGAAUACCAAUGAAAAUCACAAAGAUUAUGCACGACUCAAAGAAGCGUUACAAGUAGCAGAAGAUUUUUUGAAUUGCAUAAAUGAGAACAUAAGAGUGAAAGAAAAUCUAGACAGAAUGGACUGGUUACAGAAAAAUGUACAAAAUGAUUUGAAUCUUAUGUUCAAUAGUAACACAAACAAACUAGGUCCAAGAAAAUUACUACACUUUGGUGUUGUUAGUAAAUUAAAGAGUGGUAAAGAGCUUAUUGCAUUUUUAUUCAAUGACAUGUUUAUGUUAGUCCAACCUAGUAAAGCAUCUAAUGUACAAUUUUCAUUUCCCAAGAAUUCUAACAAUAGCUAUAAGCUCUAUAAACAGCCUGUUUUGAUACAACACUUAUCAGUGAGUGUGAAUAGUGCAGAUAACGUAGACAAGAACACAGACUCUAAUCGAGUAUUAAAUGUAACAGAUGAAUCAACUAAACUAUCUUUUCUACUAUUAGCACCUACAGUGAAUGAAUGCAGCUUAUGGACCAAAAAUAUAGAUGCUGCUAGGCUGAUAUAUACAAAAAUAUUCGAGCUCAAUAAUACGAAAUCUAAGACAAUUAAUGGAAUUGGUGUAGUUCUGUGUGUAACAAUAUUAGAAGCUAUGGAACUAAAUUUAACUGCUUGGAGAUACAACAAGUAUAAAUCAUUGAAAAGAAAAGGAAAAAAUCAUGUGGACAAUAUAUUCUGCAAAGUUACACUCGGCGAUCAAGAACAACGAACAGAUAUAGCAAAGGAAUCUACUUCAUGUUCAGCUAAUGGAAAUCCCCCCGUGUCCUUGCUGUUUUGGAAUAAUCCUAUGCAGUUCCAUCUGAAAAAUAUUUAUGAAGAAGUAGUUACUUUCGAAGUUUUUGAACUUAGUGCAUACACUCCAGAUGUUUGUCUGGGUCGCUGCGAGUUAAGAAUUUUGGACAUUUUGAGUGAAACUGAAAAUGCAACUGGGCCACUGAUAAAGAAAUUACUACUCCGUCAAGCUGAAUCUGGCGAAUUAACAAUAAAAUUGGAUUUGCAAUUAUUCAAAAAUUGAAGAAAGCACGUAAUAAAUUUAAUAUAACCUCUCAUAAAAAUUCAAAUUCUUUAUAUUAGUCAAUGCAUGAAAGAAGGAAUUAAGAAAAUGAAUUUUUUCAAUUGAAAUAUCCAAAAAACUUUCCACUUGAUGUACAAAUAUUUCAUCACAUAUCCGAAUGAUAUUUUAAGAUUAUUUAUUAGUAGGUGUUUUAUGAAAAUUAUUAAUUAUUUUCAGUUCAUUGAAUAUUGAUAAUCAAUAAAAAAACACUAUUUAGAGGACUGCAAAUAGAAUAUACUUAAUGCAUUCAGAACAAACUUCAUUACAUCUAUUUUAAGCUCAUAUAAUCAAUUAUUUUGCUUGAGAAAUUAUAAUUACCCAUUAUUAAAUCAAUUUAUUUAAUAUUUUAAUAGUGAAUCGUGAGACAAUAAAGACACAAACCACAAGGAUUGGAAUGUGCUGAAAAAUUUCCUUUUAUUUAUUUAUCAAUUAACUUUAAAAAAAGAUCAAUAGUAAUACUUAACUGUUAUAUUUAAUCUAUUUUAUGCUGUAUUACUUUCCACCAUGUAGGUACAAUAUUUUUGAUUAUAUAUCAAUCAAUAUCAAUAUCUGAAUAAAUUUAAAAUGAUUAAGGAAUAUAUAGAAUAUGAAAAAAUGAUUGUCAGUCAAUUUUAAAUAUUCUGAAAAAUAUAAAACCUUGUUGGAAAUUACUUAAGUUAUACCUACAGUUUAUUAAAAAUUUCUCGGAAUUUAGAACCGAAUUGUGAUAUUAAUUAGCUGAAUAAUAGUAUUUGUAUUUACAUAAUACUGCCGUCAUAUCAAACAUUAUUAUUCACGAGAUCGCAAAUAUUAAAGCCCAUUAAUCUGAAUAUUGACAGGAUAUUUCAGAAUUAUCACAAUUUAAUAUUGAUUUUGAAUAAUGAUAGAAACACGUGUUUAUGAAUUUCGAAAUCGACAGUUAUUUACGAAACUUUUGGAUUCUAUCAUCUUGUUAUAAUUAUGUAAUUAAUAUCUAAGCAAAUUUCAAUUGGUCAAAAAAUAUUUCAUCCCAAAAAACAAAAUUUUUAUUUUCAAUCCAAAGUUAACAAAUCAAAUAUUGUUACAGUAGUUGUAUUCCGGAAUAAUGAAAAAAUUAUUUGAGUGAAUAGAACGGAAAAUCAUUAUAUUAAUUUCUGAACAAUUUAAGGAUUCCUAAAAAUGAUUAAGUUGAAACAGAAAAGAAGCAAGUUACGACAAAUCGAAUUGAUUAUAAUAAUAUUACUCAAUUAUGAAAACAUAAAUUAAUUGAAAGUUUUUGUAUUUAAUCAAAUGUGUACGUCUGGAUGUAUUGAUGGUAGAUUUUAUUGAAUCGUUUAAAACUGGAAUUAAGAUGAAUACAGAUCUUUAAUAAUGUUACUCAAAGAAAUGUUUAUCAAUAUUAUUGCAGUAUUGUGAGAACUGUCUUCCUUAUGAUACUAGCUCUAGUUCUUGUUAUAUCAGCUACAAAAUUAAUAUAUAAUAAAUUUACUUACAUAAAA